AUGGAAACGAGUAGUAGCAUUGAAUUGAAAGAUGGUUGGGGAAUCCUGCAAACGGGGAUUACAAAGCUUAUCAAUCUUAUCGAAGGUGUCCCUGAAUCACCUAUGGACGCGGAUUAUUGGAUGAAGCUCUACAAAGCAGUUCACACUACGGGGAAACCUACUCCCCGUGAUAAUUCUAAACAGCUUUACGAAAGAUACAAAGGCGUUUUUAAUGAUUACUUGAGAUCUAAAGUUUCACCAGCUAUUCAAGAGAAUCAUGAUGAUGUAUCUAUGUUGCAAGAAUUUGUUAAUAAGUGGGCUAAUCAUAAGAUACUCAGGAAACAAAAACGUAAGGGAUCGAGCAAAGGAUGUACGAGAGGUAAAGGAGGACCUAAGAAUUUGAAAUGCAAGUAUAGAGGUAUCAGACAGAGGAAGUGGGGAAGGUGGGCUUCUGAAAUUAGGCAACCUAAUAAACUUAGACUUUGGUUGGGUACCUUUGAAACUGCAAUUCAAGCUGCUCAAGCUUAUGAUAAUGCUUCGAGAAGAAUGUAUGGGGAACAUGCUUUUCUUAAUUUUCCUGAUGCGAAGCAAUUGGAGAAAUCAGUUUCUGAAGUAGGUACAAGAGUCGAGGAAUCGAAAAUUGAGGUGUUUAAGAGAGAACCACUUGAAUGUGAUACUGGGGUUAGUUUCUUUCGUGAAGUUGUGUAUGAGAAGAUGAAAGUGAAAGUUAGAGAUGCUGUUAUUGUGUUGAUUAAUCAAGAACGAGAAGGGAAUGAAAUUGAUAGGGGUUUGGUCAAGAAUGUCUUAGAGGUGUUUGUCGAAAUUGGGAAUGAGAAUUUGGAUUAUUAUGUUGAUGAUUUCGAAACUGCGUUUUUAACUGACAUGGUCGAUUAUUACACUCGGAAAGCUUUUAAUGGGAUUACGGCUGUAGAAUGUUUGCAAAGGGAGAAGGACAGGGUUUCUCACUAUUUGCAUUUCAGUACUGAGGAGAAGUUGAAACAAGUUCAUCGUCAGUUGUUGCCUGAAAAUGCCCAACAGGAUCUUGGAAAGGAGAUGCAAUGUAAAGCUUAG